AUGAUUCCUCAGGUCGCGUAUCAUCCUCGAAAUCUCUCGCAACAAUUCGGUAGCCCAGGAUUUGCUACCCCUCCCUACGACCAUUCAUCAACACCAAGAAGACUCGAUAGAGUUGCGCCUCUACCGUACAGAAACUCGCGAGCAUCUCCAUCAACACUCGCACCGCCCCAGCGCGCAUAUCCCGUUGAUAGUCAUGACGGCUACCAACCCAGCCUUGGGCGCGCUCCCUCAGGAUUCGGAGGACAGUACAAUGAUCCCUCAGAGCAUAUGUUGAGAAGGAAGACGCCCAAUGGGACACUUGCUGCUGGUUAUGAUGGAACACCUGUACAAUGGUCGAGUAAAGCACCGGCUCUCAAGCAUGUCGUAUUGCCAGUGUCAGGAGAGCCUCAAAGCCAGUCUGUGACAUAUACCUUCCCCAGCUUGGAGGACGCACGGAGUAGGCAGCGAUCUAGUAGCUCUGGAUGGAAACAUCAACAGCAAGUAGGCUUGAUACGAUCUAACCUUUCCGGUCGUAUGAACAGUGAUCCGGGGAACUGGUUACAGCCUCCCUCGGAUUCUCAGAAUGUCUGGGACCAAAUCCGGACACACCCACCAGUUACCUUUUUACCCAGUAAUGGUAUGCAGAUCCCAACUGUCCUCCAACCAGCAUAUCAACCGGCCCCUGGUCCUACAGCAUCCAACGAUGGCGGCCUUUAUGGGCCAUAUUGGCCUGAUGGUAGAUUUGUUCCGUACCGACCCGCUGCAGUACGCGAUCAAUGGCAACAGCCCAGUAUUGGAUUCGACCUUGCUACGAAUCGGAGUUAUGAUCAGCCUCUUCUGCCUUUAGAUUCUACGCGGUCUUUUCGAUAUCCACCCAUGAAUGGUGCACAGCUGUCACAGCAUCCAGAAGGCAGUACGAUGAUGAACAAUAGCCCUAUAUUGGGUGAAACACACUUCGGAAAUGGCCAGUUAACACAUUCUCGUCAUAUCAGCAGUGGUCCGCACUGGUCUCAUAAUGAUGGUAGUCGGACACCAACGGUACAGUCCGUAAGCAAGGCAAACAAUCCACGCUUCAAGGAAAAGACUCUCUCCUGGGCGCACAGUAUUUAUGUUGAUCUUCUGGCUUUCCUCCACCAUUCCAGGAAAGACAACAAGCAGUUUAGACAGCACCAUGGCCUUCGUGCCUAUUCAAAGAAUAAUAUAUACCCUAAACCCCCACGGCAACCUGCAUCAUACCUGGGAUCACCAACUUGGGCUGAUCUGGACGAUGUCGAAGGAAACACUAGAAAUAGCAUGAGACGGGCUAGUGUAAUGAGCACUCCACUCCAAAGGACCAAUCAAGGUAAUCAGUACAACAGCUGGCAUAUAAAUGGAAACUCAACAGACCAACGGCAUAGAACGUCAAAUUCGGACGUGCCACACUAUGUACCGCCGUUUCAGGGAGCAAAUAAUGUUAACACCUCUCCGACGUGCAAAGCAAAAGAGGCUUUGGAGAUGCUGACUACUUUGUGUGAUCAAAGUGGAUGGUCCUGGAUCGACGGUAUGUUGCUGGGAGGAUGUCUCGCUUACGGCCUCGAAGAGUACCAAGUGGCUCUCGACUGGUAUUCUAAAAUCAUAGCUUUAGAUCCUAACCAUGUCGAGGCGAUCUCGAAUCUUGCAGCCACGCUUUUGUGCCUGAAUAGACGUGGAGAGGCAGAACAAUAUUGGCUACAGUCCGUGAAGCUUCGUCCGAGCUAUUUUGAGGCGGUAGAGCACCUCAUAGGACUCCUAUGCGGAGAUCACCGAGGGAAUGAAGCUGUCAACAUCAUCGAAUUCGUGGAACGAUCGCUUCGCUCACCAAAAUCCGAAGACUCUCUCGACUAUUUCAGCGAAACCUCCAGUAAUACCGACAGAGAUUCCUGCGACUCAAUAGGGACAUCGGCGGAGACAAUCGCACUGGACUAUGAUUACGAAAGCGAUAGUAUGUUCAGGUCGCCAUUGGUCCAUGAGCACGAAGACGUUGCCUCGCAGCCAGGCUUUGGUUCUAGCGGAUUCUCAGUUCCUGGUUCCGAAAAUGGUCGUAUUCUCGCACUCGUUCAUGCCAAAGGAAAUAUGUUGUAUUCUCUUGGAGACGUGGACAGGGCAUCGAAAGCUUUUGAGGAUGCUGUUCUAAUCAGUACUGGAAAAGCUUUUCAUGACAUUCAUGAACUGAUCCGUCAGAUUGUCAGUGUCCUGUCCCUUGACGGAAUCAGUCCACUCCGUGCGGACUUCAGGUCACCUCUCCAUUCUGUGCCCUCAUCACCCUUACUUCUACCUCCUGGCAAAGCGCUGCAAACAGCGAGGCUCGUAUUUGCAAAGAAUGGCGACCUUCCUGGACUCCGCUUCGUACCGGAUGGCCUGGCCAAGAGAGCCGCUGUCUCCACAACCAGUAAUUCUUUGCUUUCCCUUGCCAAGAUAUUUCAAGAUGCCAUGUCUAAUGGAAGUGCCCGUCAGAGGAUAUCCAGGAUGCCUACUGGAGUGGGAGACAUUCUGGCUCUUUACUACCUCUCUUUGUCUCUUCAGCCAAGUCCAUCAACCGCCAACAAUGUAGGUAUCCUUUUGGCCAGCGUUCAACAGCCACCUUCGAAUCGCCAAAUUGCUUCUCGAGACACCUAUACCCAUCCUACUAUACCUGGCGUCGUUCCUGGAAGCGGUGUAGCUCUGGCCCUUGCCUAUUACAACUACGGUCUGAACCUGGAUUCAAGACAUGCUCAUAUAUAUACCAACCUUGGUAGCUUACUAAAAGACAUCGGACAGCUUGCAGCAGCGAUCACAAUGUAUGAGAAAGCCGUAGACUGUGACAGCACUUUUGAUAUUGCCCUCGCCAAUUUGGCAAAUGCUGUCAAGGACCAAGGCCGCACAAGUGAUGCAAUUGAAUACUACAAACGUGCCGUUGCUGCCAGCCCCGACUUCGCAGAAGCGGUUUGCGGUCUUGCGAAUGCUUUGAAUUCGGUUUGCGACUGGACUGGGAGAGGCGGGGUGAUUCUGGAUGGAGGAAAGCAGGAUCGAUGGCACGUAGAUGAAAAGGGCAUGAUCAUGGAUGCAAGAGGUCAGGGCAGUGGGUGGAUGAAGCGAGUUGUCGAUAUCGUGGCAAAGCAACUAAGGGAUGGUUCUGCCUGGGGUCGAGGAACUCUCCAGGACCAAACAAUACAUCAUCUUCUACAACAACUGGAAGCAGCAGACGCUGGCGGCAAAUGGAGCCCAGAAAAGCGAGACAGCAUAAAGGCUAGCCUUUUGGCCUGCUCUGGACAACGAUGGGAAGGUGCUCGCAUCAUCCGUUUCGUAGAACGAUCCAUCAAACGAGCUAUGCACCGCUGGUAUCACGAUAAACACGUUGCGAAUCGCCAAUUACCUCCGUCGCACUACCCGCGGCCUCAGCUUCCAAGCACCUUGACCAUUCCAACGGCCCCGACAGUUUUGCCGUUCCAUACAUUUACGUGCCCACUUUCUGCCAAGGAUAUCCGUAUGAUUUCGCAAAGGAAUGCACUUCGGAUAUCGUGCUCUACACUCCGGGCACCUUGGAUGCAGGGGCCAGUUUUCCAGCCUCCAAGACCCCCAGCACCACAUCUCAACAUUGGAUAUGUAUCAUCUGAUUUCAAUAAUCACCCAUUAGCACAUUUAAUGCAAUCCGUUUUUGGCAUGCACAAUCCAUCCCGUGCAAAAGCAUUCUGCUAUGCAACGACAGCUAGCGACAAUUCAGUGCACAGGCAACAGAUUGAACGUGAGGCCCCUGUAUUUCGAGAUACCAGUACUUGGUCGGCAGAUCGUCUGGUUCAACAAAUCGUUCAGGAUGAGAUACACAUUCUUGUCAACUUGAAUGGAUAUACUCGAGGAGCAAGAAAUGAAGUCUUCGCAGCUCGACCGGCACCAAUUCAAAUGUCAUUCAUGGGAUUCGCUGGCACACUUGGGGCCGAAUGGUGUGAUUAUAUACUCGCGGACGAAACAGCAAUUCCGCGAUCUACCCUGAGACCGUCCAGAAGCAACGUAUUUCUCGAGGAUCAGCUGACCGACCAAAAGACUCACGAGGACGAGGACUGGGUCUACUCGGAAAACAUAAUUUUCUGUCGGGAUACUUUCUUCUGCUGUGACCAUGCCCAAUCAGAGCCCCGUGAGAAUUCACUCAGCUGGGAAGACGAACAGUCAAAGAGGUGGCAGAUGCGGAAAGAAAUCUUCCCAACUAUUUCCGACGACGCUGUUAUUCUUGGCAAUUUCAAUCAGCUUUACAAGAUUGAACCUACAACAUUCCGGACAUGGUUGCGAAUUUUAGAUAAAGUUCCGAAAGCAAUUCUUUGGUUGCUGCGAUUUCCCGACCUUGGCGAGAGUAAUUUGAAGCGAACGGCGAAGGAAUGGGCGGGUGAGAGUGUUGCGUCGCGAAUCAUGUUCACAGACGUCGCGCCAAAGCAUCAGCACAUCUCACGAGCUCGUGUCUGCGAUCUAUUCCUGGAUACACCAGAGUGUAACGCGCACACCACUGCCGCUGAUAUUCUCUGGUCAAGCACGCCACUUUUGACGCUCCCACGAUACAAGUACAAAAUGUGCUCACGGAUGGCCGCUUCGAUCCUGAAGGGUGCGUUGCCACGUGGUGAAGAAGGUCGUAGGGCAGCACAGGAACUCAUUGCAGAGGAUGACGACCAGUACGAAGAAUUUGCUAUUAAGCUUGCAAAGGGUUUCUCUUACCGAUUGACUUCCUCGGGUCGUGGGGAGGGCAUCGGCAGGCUGGGAGAACUGCGCAAGCUCCUGUAUGAUAAUCGGUGGACAUGUGCUCUCUUCGAUACGCGCAGAUGGGUGUCAGAUCUUGAGUCUGCCUACGAUAUAGCGUGGCAAAGGUGGCUGACAGACGAAGAAGGAGAUAUCUAUCUAUAG